CGCCAGUGGGGUCUCGAUCCCACUGUGCCGUCGCCGCCUCCUUUUUCGACGCCUUCACGGCCGCCUGAGGAGGCGACCUGGUCGGGAGUUCUGCCGCCGCUGCCAGGAUGGAUAGAAUGACAGAAGAUGCUCUUCGCCUGAAUCUUUUGAAGAGGAGUUUGGACCCAGCAGAUGAGAGAGAUGAUGUCCUGGCAAAACGACUGAAAAUGGAGGGGCAUGAGGCUAUGGAACGGCUGAAAAUGUUGGCAUUGCUCAAAAGGAAAGAUUUGGCAAAUCUUGAGGUGCCGCAUGAGUUACCUACCAAACAAGAUGGCAGUGGUGUCAAGGGUUAUGAAGAGAAACUUAAUGGAAAUCUCAGGCCUCAUGGAGACAACAGGACUGCUGGAAGGCCAGGCAAAGAAAACAUCAAUGAUGAGCCUGUGGAUAUGAGUGCUAGACGGAGUGAGCCAGACCGAGGAAGGCUAACUCCUUCCCCAGACAUAAUUGUUUUGUCUGAUAAUGAGGCUUCCAGUCCCCGAUCCAGCUCCCGGAUGGAAGAGAGACUCAAAGCAGCCAACCUAGAGAUGUUUAAGGGGAAAGGCAUUGAGGAACGGCAGCAGCUUAUCAAGCAACUGAGGGAUGAGUUACGAUUGGAAGAAGCUCGUCUGGUGCUGUUAAAGAAGCUGAGACAGAGUCAGCUACAGAAAGAGAAUGUGGUCCAAAAGACUCCAGUUGUACAGAAUGCAGCAUCUAUUGUUCAGCCAUCUCCUGCACAUGUGGGACAACAAGGCUUAUCUAAGCUUCCCUCCCGGCCUGGGGCUCAAGGGAUUGAACCUCAGAAUUUGAGAACAUUACAGGGUCACAGUGUCAUCCGUUCAGCAACCAACACGACCCUUCCACACAUGUUGAUGUCUCAACGUGUUAUUGCACCAAAUCCAGCCCAACUUCAGGGCCAGCGGGGGCCACCGAAGCCUGGCAUUGUACGCACCACAACACCUAACAUGAAUCCUGCCAUCAGUUACCAACCACAGUCAAGUUCUUCUGUUCCCUGUCAGCGCACAACGUCUUCUGCCAUCUACAUGAACCUUGCCUCCCAUAUUCAGCCAGGGACUGUGAACAGAGUGUCCUCACCACUUCCUAGCCCUAGUGCCAUCAGUGAUGCCGCCAACUCACAGGCUGCUGCGAAAUUGGCUCUUCGAAAACAGCUGGAAAAGACGCUCCUGGAGAUACCACCUCCUAAACCUCCUGCUCCCUUGCUCCACUUCCUGCCUAGUGCAGCCAAUAGCGAGUUUAUCUACAUGGUAGGCUUGGAAGAAGUAGUACAGAGUGUCAUUGACAGCCAAGGCAAAAACUGUGCCUCACUUCUGAGGGUCGAACCUUUUGUAUGUGCCCAGUGCCGCACAGAUUUCACCCCUCACUGGAAGCAAGAAAAGAAUGGUAAAAUCCUCUGUGAGCAGUGUAUGACUUCCAACCAGAAAAAGGCUCUAAAAGCUGAACACACUAACCGGCUGAAAAACGCUUUCGUUAAAGCCCUACAGCAGGAACAGGAAAUUGAACAGCGAUUACAGCAGCAGGCAGCACUGUCCCCAACUACAGCUCCAGCUGUGUCCAGUGUCAGUAAACAGGAGACCAUCAUGAGACAUCAUACACUUCGGCAGGCUCCUCAGCCCCAGAGCAGCCUCCAGCGUGGUAUACCCACAUCUGCCCGAUCCAUGCUUUCAAACUUUGCACAGGCACCCCAGUUGUCUGUGCCAGGUGGCCUCCUUGGUAUGCCAGGUGUCAACAUUGCAUACUUGAACACUGGCAUCGGAGGACAUAAAGCCCCAAGUUUGGCAGACCGGCAGCGUGAAUACCUUUUAGACAUGAUCCCUCCCAGGUCUAUAUCGCAGUCCAUCAGUGGGCAGAAAUAACGCCUGUUCCACUUGUACUGCCCAUCCUUGAAUCCUUUACCCAUUUCUCCCAUUGCCCCCAACUUCCGUCGCAUGCAGUGCCUGUACUGGUGCCUACCAUACACGGAAAGCAAAACCGAAAAAAAAAAAAAAAACAGAAGACAAAAAUAGACAUCAACAAGAAAACACACGCCC